UGCACCCGUAAUCAUGAUUAAAACGAAAGAUAUAUUUGUGUUUACGAGUGAGUGAGAAUUUGUGAAGACAAAAAUCUUUGUUUCGAGGCAUACACUUUAUCUAUCAACUGCUUUUUGAUGGAAGAGAAGAAGAAAGAAGAGUUGGAAUGGAGAAGAAAGACAUGGAAACUAGUUUCAAAGGUUCGAUUGGAAUCACCACUGAUUCAAUGCAUAACUAAUUUUGUAUCAAUGGAUUUAAUGGCGAAUACUCUCUUAUCAGCUGGUGCAUCACCUGCAAUGGUUCAUUCACUCGAAGAGAUUCAUGAAUUCACUCCACGUGUCAGUGCUCUCUGUCUUAAUGUUGGAACACUCUCAUCUUCUUCUCUUCCUGCUAUGAUAGCUGCUGCUAAGCUAUGCUCUCAGUUGGAUAUCCCUUGGGUUCUUGAUCCUGUUGCUGUCUCUGCUUCUUCUUUCCGUUUCGAUGCUUGCGUUCAACUUGUUCAAUUCAAACCAACUGUUAUUCGAGGAAAUGCCUCUGAAAUUAUCUCCCUUUCUUCUUGCUCACUUCAAUCCUCCGCUGCCUCAAUGGGUGUGGACAGUACUCACGGUUCAAUGGAUGCAGUUGAAGCAGCAAAGUUGUUGGCUCAAACAAGUGGUGCCAUAGUUGCAGUGUCAGGGGCCACUGACAUUGUCACAGAUGGAAAUCAAGUUGUUGGUGCUCACAAUGGUGUGCCAUUGAUGCAAAAAAUAACAGCAACGGGGUGUGCAGUCACUGCACUUAUUGCUGCCUUUGUUGCAGUUGACAAAAGCCAUGCUUUAGAUGCGGCAGUAUCAGCAUUAGCUGUAUUCGGUGUUGCCGGUGAGUUGGGAAUGAAGAUGGCGAAAGGUCCUGCAUCGUUGCGGAUGCACUUGAUAGAUUCACUCUACGGUCUUGAUGAAGCUACCUUGCAAUCUCAUGUUAAUAUCACUAGCUUGUGUUGAAAUCUGAAGAUCCGCAUGUAGCUCUUGCAAAUCGGUAAUAUCAUUACAUUUUUAUCUAUCAUAGCUCAUAGUUGUUAUUGUUAUCCAAUCCAUCAGUUGAAGAUGGAUCAUUAGCGACAGUGGAGAUCCUCAAUAAUCACUUGCUAGUAAUAACAGGAUGUUCUGCUUUAAUAUAUCUCACGGUUUCACUAGCAUUGCCUUGGCUAGAAAGAAUGGUCUAGUUUUUUUUGUCCUCCUAACUUAUUUUGGUCAACGUUAACCGUAUUUUGAAAGUUAAUUCCUUAUAAUGUCUAUGAUGCAUAGGAAUUGAUUUGUUGAAAGUUGUUCCCGAACUGUUGAGAUUGAGACAUUGCUUAUCGUGUGGAAGAUCUGUCGAGUUAAGUAUAUAUGAGGGAAUGAAUAACAUUUUCUUACAUUUCAUGCUUCUGAUGCAUUCUGCAGUAAACUUUUUAUUUGUUCA